UUUUUGUUUCUAAUAAAUCGUUCUAGCUGUGGAAAAAUCUCUUGCAAAAAUGUACAGAUAUACCCCUUCCUUUGAUCCUGUGUAUACCGGGAGCUUGCUGACCUUUUUUUGGGCGUCGCUUUUGGUGUAAAGAGGCCCUUUGCAGAUGUAGAUUCUGUAAUUGACAUUAUUGGGUUACUGUAACCAGUCCAGGAAUAGGUUUUCCAUUUUUUGGGGUUUCCGUGACUAUGUUUCAUUUAGCAUAGUCUGUGUGCUGAGGGAUACUCUUUUGAUAUAUAGCACAUUACCUUCUUCUGGGAAAAAAAUUACCAGCUCAGUCAUCGAGAAGUACAUGCCGAUCCUUUUAAAUACUCCUAAAUGUUCACUAUGUAGCAGAAGAAUCACUGAACUCCCUUUAAUGAUCGUAUGAUAUACUUCAUUGUGCCUAUUUAAUGUAGUUUCAGGCAUUAAUAGGCAUAAGACGAUGUAUUUAAAAUACUUUUGUGUAGUGCUUUUUUAUACCAUUACACCUAUUUAAUGUAGUUUCAAGCAUUAAUAGGCAUAAGAGGAUGUAUUUAACAUACUUUUGUGUAGAGUAGCAGUCACAGCAUCUUCUAGAACCUUCGCAGCGGGCCAACACCAGAAAAACCCAAUCUCCGACCCGAUACCAAACCCGAAAAUGCUCCUUCAGGAGACAAAGCUGCUGAAACACUGAAUAAGGAUCUUCGUACACGCACUCUUAAAGAAGAUAAGAAGGAUAAAUCACUCGAUGUUGGUUCAAAUGGUAGUUCAUUAUUCACUUCCGCAACUUCUAUUUCCGAGCUUACAAAAAAAGAUACAUGUACUUACAUGAAAUUCAGGAGGGAAGAGCUGGAGAGCGUUUUGCCGGAGGGAUUACCAACGGGGAUGCUUAAGGAAUUCAAUGACUCUAUGAGAGAUGACUUGCUAAUACGCCAGAGUUUUCUGGAUCUUCGAGAUAAUUUUAGAAGGGUUGUUGAUCCUACUUUGCAAUCUAAUGCUAAAG